GGACAGGUACCACCUAACCACUUCCCUGUACAGACCAGGAGUCUGAAACAAAAUCCUGCUCAUGCUGCAUGCAGUCAGCUGUGUAGGUGUCAGCCCAGGACAUGUAUAUCAAUAUCUGAACACACCUGAGAAGAAUGCUCGUCAGAUGGAAAAGCUUCAGCAGCAACAAGGCCAACUCUUCCAAGAUGAACGAAUGGAAGACGACGGUUUUCCUGCUGUGUGCGGCUGCCGUUGGGCUUCUGCUAAAGGCGCGUUUCAAUAAGUGGCCCAGCUUAAAAGACAGAAACCUGUCCUGGCGUGAGCUGGAGACUGAGCUUUCUGAUGUUAAUGCACUGCUUGGUCAUCACCUGAGGCGUUCUGUCGAACCCUUUCUGUCUGCAAACAUCAGUCUGUUUCAGGAAACAUUUAACUGGUGGAAGCAACUACAGCGUGAGAAGCAUGACCUCAACUGCUAUAAAUCAACAGUGCAGAAGCUGUUUGAGAUAUUCCCACCCACUUCCAAAGCCGAUCCCGUAAGAUACAGGACUUGUGCAGUCGUGGGAAACUCCGUCAACCUGAGAGGAGCAGCUUAUGGACAGCUUAUAGAUUUCCACGAGGUCAUUAUAAGAAUGAAUGGUGCACCAAUACAAGGCCACGAAGAAGACGUCGGCGUCAAAACAACUCAUCACGUCAUGUACCCGGAGAGCGCCGUGGAUUUAAAUAACUCUACUCGCCUCGUGCUGUUUCCAUUCAAGAUACAAGACCUUCAGUGGCUCAUUAAGGCCUUUACGACGGGGUUUAACGGAAAGUCUUAUGUUAAAGUAAAAUCUAAAAUAAAAGCCAACAAAGAUUUGGUGAAGGUGAUAAAUCCAACUUUCAUGAAGUAUGUCCAUGAGGUCUGGAUGAAGAAGAAAGGAUCAUAUCCAUCCACUGGCUUUAUGGCUUUGGUUCUUGCUCUUCACAUUUGUGAUGACGUCCAUGUUUUUGGGUAUGGAGCGGACAGCAAUGGAAACUGGAGCCACUACUGGGAAACACUUAAAGACAAAAAGUUAAAAACUGGACUGCAUCCUGGACAACAUGAGUAUGCACUUAUCCAGCACCUGGCUAACGGACGAAAGCUAAAGCUGUACAAAGGCCUUUAACUUCUCUCAGAACUUGAAGAAAACUUGCCUUGGUCACUUGAGACCAUUUUUUUUUUCCCUUUUUUUUUCCCAGAGUUUUUGCAGCGCUAGUGGCUCAUAUUUUUUCUACA